AUGAUCAGUCUCGCAGCUAAAAUUUCCAGAGCCACGAGGAAUGGCCUAGGCCCCUCCUUUUCUCUUCUUAAACCGUCACUGCUGCCACCGCUAAAAGUGGCGGCGCCACCUCCAAACAGAUAUUUUUAUGCAAACAAUACCACUUUUACAGCCAACCCGGUUGCCCUUGAAAUGAUAAACUAUGCUAUGUCUCUUGCCCGUUCACAGAAAACAGAAGACUCGUAUGGGAGAGGACGACUAGUAUUGGAUCAGUGCGAGUCGACUCAACCUGAUGACAAUUCUAAGGGUUUGGUUGAACUAGCCCGUUCAACCUUAUUGUUUGAAAGAGGGUCCUAUGAGGCGGCCAUUGAGAGACUUGAGAGAAUUCAAGAUUUGAGCUUGCCUUCUGUUGCUAUUAAAGUUGCUGCAUCAGAAGCUUUAGUGGGACUUUAUCUAGAACACUAUCAAGAGGAUGCUGCAUCAGUAGUUGCAGAUAUAGCCUUGCAGAUUUUGGAAACAAUCAGACUAGAAAUUGUUAAUGGGAGUGGCUUUGAGGUUCUAGAGGCUCGUGCUAAGGCUCUAAAAGGCCUAGUUGAGCUGAUAUGCGGUAAUCUCGACUCAGCGCAGUCAUUUUUUGAGGGAGCUCAGGCCAAUGGAUGUUGCAUUGGCAAUGCUGCUCUUUCUUAUGGUGAAUUCCUUCAUGGCAUGCGGAAGUUUUCAGAUGCAAAGGAGUUGUAUCAGAAGGUAAUUCAGGGAAUGUCUGAGAUCAAAGAUUUUGGUGAUCCAAACAACCUAGGAGCUUGUAACAUGACCUCAGAGGAAGUUGUGGUAGCGGCUACUUGUUCUCUAGGACAGCUUGAAACCCAUAUGGGGAAUUUUGCCGAUGCAGAGGAGAUGCUGACUGCAACACUGAAAAAAACAGAAGAUCGCUAUGGUGCUCAACACCCCAAGGUUGGUGUUAUUUUGACGUGCAUAGCUCUCAUGUAUCGACAUAAAGCAGCAAUGGAGCACUCAAGUUCUCUUCUAAUUCAGGAGGGGCUUUACAGAAGGGCGAUUGAACUACUUAAAGCUCCACCUUUGGAGAUUGAUGGUUCCAAUGAAAAGGUCCACAGGAAAGACAUAAUUGCCCUUGCGAGAGGUGGUUAUGCAGAAACACUUCUCGUGCAACAGUCUAGAAAAGCGGAAGGGGAGAAACUGAAACAUUGGGCGGAAAAUGUAUGGAGAAACCGAUGGAUGUCACUUGCAGAUGCACUGGAGUUAUCCGAGUCUUCUCCCAAGGUGCCAGUCAUAGAUGCUCGAAUAUGCAGGGCUGUGUAG